CAUGUAUUCUAUGCGCGAUACAUCCAUCUACAUAUUACUUACGAUAAAGAAUUUUCGGGGGCAAAUUAGUUGUUGCUACGGGUUUAAUUACUGUUGAUUACAAUCGAUUCUGUCGAUUACUAUACCGAAUUAAAUCAUCUAUUUUUUAACAGUAACUUCUUCAGUAAAUAAUUGUUUAAUUGUUGUGUGUUAUGCUAAAAAGAACAAUAUAAAUUGACGACAUGGCACAAGAAGUCGAGGAAACCAUGAAACGUAUACAAUCUCAUAAGGGCGUUGUUGGGUCUAUUGUAGUAAAUGCAGAAGGAAUUCCAAUUAAAUCGACAUUGGAUAAUACAACGACCGUGCAAUACGCGGGCCUGAUUAGUCAAUUGUCAGACAAAGCACGUUCUGUGGUUCGUGAUCUGGAUCCAACGAAUGAUUUAACUUUCUUGCGUGUUCGUAGUAAAAAACAUGAAAUAAUGGUUGCUCCGGACAAAGAAUUCAUCCUGAUAGUUGUACAAAAUCCAGUUGAUUGAUAUUUGCAAAAAGGAAUUGCAUAUUAUAAUCCUUCGGCAAAUUUUCAUUUUUGGUUUCUAUCCAUUAUUUCAUUUUUUAUUUAACAUAUUACACCUAUUAAUUUUAUU